UUUGCACAUUUGCGAUACAUGCAAGAGUGUUGUCAUAAAACUUUCUUUUUAUCGCGAAGCCAUUUUACCGUGUACGUCUAGGAACUAAAUUCGCAACAAUGGAGAAUGACAACGGAGUACUUGUUGACUUGUAUAUUCCGAGGAAAUGCUCGUCAAGUAACCGUAUAAUACAUGCCAAGGAUCAUGCAUCUAUUCAGUUAAGUAUUGCUGAUGUUGAUCCUGAAACUGGACGUAUGACAGACUCCCAAAAGAUGUAUGCAAUCUGUGGGGCUAUUCGUCGCAUGGGUGAAUCCGAUGACUGUUUGGUACGCCUUGCAAAAAAUGAUGGCAUAUUACCAAAAAAUUUUUAAUGUAAGAUAAAUAUUUUACUCUUUAAAUAAAAUUAUAAAAAACCAAAGA